GCCCCCAAGCCGUUCAUCUUUUUUAUCUUUAAAUAUUUUUUUGGGUAAUUCAGGGAAGAUAAGCCCUACCCCAUUUUUCACGUAAAUUAGGAGCUAGCUAGGGGUGGUCUCCCCAUUUUUCAAGUAAAUUAGGAGCUAGCUAAGGGUGGUCUUAGGGCGUAGGGUGCUACCACCGGUCCUUUCACAUUCUGUCUGAAAUCCUGGCGUGCAACCAUGCUCCGUCCCUCGAUUUCUUGCCUGAUGCGAUGGUUUAUUAGGGCUACAACCUUAAAUAAGUUUCUCAUAUUUAUGUAUUUCCUUCAUGUAUUUCACCUUUAUCCAUCUACAUAUUUGCUUCCUCCCCCUCCAUAAAUUCUGGCUCUCAAUCCCCAGGAAGACCAACCCACUUUCGCUGUGCUAUCAGUGAGAGGGGUGUAGCAGUAAGCCCACCCAGAAAUCAUCACCAAUCGAUCAGGCUGAGUGCCGUGGUCGACCCCUCUUACAUCCAACUGGAGCAGUACCGGGUCAAGCCCGGUUCUGUUCCGGUGGGCGAGAACACCCCGGUGAUUGAUUUCACUCCCCUCUCAGACGAAAAGUCGACCCUGCCAUGAAGGCUAAGCUCGCCAAAGAGGUGGGCGCAACUUUCAGAGACUCGGGCUUCUUCCACAGCAUCAACCACUGUAUCCCCAAAGAGCCGACGGAGACAGUGACAGAGAAUCUGAAACUCUUCUUUCACCAACCAUUGGAGGAGAAGAUGAAGGUGCAGCUCGACUUGACUCACCCCGUCAGUUACAAUAGCAAUGAUUUCACCAACAAUGUGAGGGAUUGGGUCGAGAUAUACAACUACUUGCUCAAAGAUAAGAUCGAGGUGCCUGUAACGCAUGAACUGGAGGCUACCAGGAUUAUGCAGUUGCACAACCACGGGCCCGCCUGCCCACCGGGCUUCCAGAAGACCAACCCAUUUUCGCUGUGCUAUCAGAGAGAGGGGUGUAGCAGUAAGCCCACCCAGAAAUCAUCACCAAUCGAUUUCUAUAGGGUGAGGAGGCUCAGUAACUGCGUGAAAUUGGCGAGUGAGAAUGACAUUGUCACCAUUCACACCUUCAAGAAGCCUACUACUCAAACUCCCACUGCUGCUACUACUACUACUGUUGCUGCUUAAAUCUUUUCACCUCAAGCCACCCUAGUUUUUCCCUCAUCUAUUAAAAUUUUCGUUAAAGAUUUGAGACUUCUUUCUCUCUCUUAAUGUUGUCAUUAUGUCUCUUAAUGUUGUGCUUAUGUCUCUUAUUGCUGUGUCACUCCUGUAAUGUGUACGCGCAAUCUGGAUGUUGA